CGUAUAAAAUGGGUAUUCAUGACGACGGAUUUGAGGGUCUUAUGAACGCCUCCGUGCAGCUGCACAAGAAGAUGUUGCUGCAGACUCUGAAGGAAUACAAUUACAGCACGCACAUGGUGGGCAAGUGGCACCUGGGAUUUUGCCGGAGGGAAAUGACACCUCUUGGCAGAGGGUUCGACACCUUCUACGGCAUGUACAACGGCGCCACAGACCAUUACACACACACCACUGGUUCGAACGGCUACGACCUGACAAUCUGGGAAGGAGGAACCAAAGUCACAAGUUUCCUCUACAGCAAGACCCUGCUGAAGGGCAACAGAGUGUACAACGGCAUUGCUCACGCUACUGACUGGUACCCGACUCUGGAACGAGUGGCCGGGGGUAACGGGACCAUUGAGGGUAUAGACGGCCUUAACCUUUGGGACAGCAUCUCCAAAAACAGAGAGAGUCCACGGCAGGAGUUUGUCUACGACCUCAGCGACAUCACAAAUCGUUCUACAAUGCGUUACAAAAAUUACAAGCUGACGUGGAACAGGCCAGGAGCACCAGACCUCUCCGGCUGGUACUAUCCUCCGCUUGGUGUAGAGCAGCCUCCGACCCCGAAAUACUCCUCCAAGGUGUACACGCUGUUUGACCUCGCCACUGACCCCACGGCGACGACGGACAUCAGCAAUCGGUCAGACGUGAGGAGUGUCUUCACGUACAUGAAGAAGAAACUGUAUGAGCUCAGGCUCAACAUGCCUCCCUCUAUGCUGCCGACCAGAGUGAAUGCUGGGAAACCAGAGAACUGGGGCGGAGCCUGGACAACCGGAUGGUGCUGA